GAGAGAGAGGGAGGGAGUCUUCCCAGUCAGUCUGAAUCUCUGUCAGCCUACACAAUCUCCCGACACAACAUCGGGCUCAGUAAUGUUGGAUACGCUGCGAGAGUGAGCUCUACCUUCCACACACACUGCUAUCACCUACUCGAGGAUACACACAGCACACACCUGACCAUCAUGGAGGAGGCUGACCUGCUGAAGGAGAGGCUCCAGGCAAUCACGAACAAAAGAAGGAUCCAGGAGAACAUCGCCAAGAAAAGGAGACAGAUUGAAGAGGAGAAAUUAAAACUCCAGUACAUAAAGAAGAAAGCCCUAAGGGAGCAGUGGCUGAUGGAUGGUCUGAGUCAGCAGUCGGAGGAGGAACAGGAGGCCAUGAGGCUUCAGGCUCAUGAUGAACAGCAGCAGAGUGAUCAGCUGCAGAGCAACAUCCUCAGCAUAGAGAAGGAGAUUGAGGCCUUGGAAACACAGGAGCUUAACAUCUCUGCCAAUGAAGAAGUAGUUCUGAAGCGGUUAAAAGAGGUGGAGAGGACGGCUGAGGACAUUAUCAAGAAAGCUACUUUGGUGGAUAGAGAGGCAGAUGGAAAAGAACUGAAAGAAGGUUGCAGCACAACUGAGAAUCACAACUCCUUCUCUGUCACCAUGGAAACCACUGAACAAUCAGAGCUGGCGAUGGACUGUGAAGUGGAGGUCGCUGUGGCUGAUUCACCUGAACAGGGAAAGGAUUUCAGUGCAGAUGAUGAGCAAGUUUGUUUAGAGACAGACUCACCAGGGGAGACGGCGAUGCUUGGCAAAUUAUUAACUGACCUGCCAACCGACACAAUUGAGAUUUACAAGCCUGACUGUUUGGAGGCCAGUGUUUGCACAGCAAUGCCUUGUCAGGAUCAAAAAGAAGCUUUGAUAUUAGAACCAGGGCAUGACGAGUUCAACAGGAAUGAGUCAAUCACCUCAUCUGUGUCCGACACACUCUCCAGUGCUGACAGUGUUUAUGAGAAUGAGACCCAUCGUAGGAGACAGGACACGCCAGAACAAGAUCCUGAGCAAGAACAAGUCCCUGAGCCAGAGCAAGACCCUCAACCAGAACCAGAACUAUACCCUGAGCCAGAACAAGACCUUGAACUAGAGCAAUACCCUGAGACACAGGAAGACCUUGAGCUGGGGCACUACCCUGAGCCAGAACAAGAACCUGAACCAGACCAGUACCCUGAGCUGGAGCAAUAUCCUGAGCUAGAGUUAUACCCUGAGCCAGAGCCUGAGGCUGAGGAUAAUGAGCUUAAUCCUGAGCAUGAUGGCUAUCAAAAUCUGGCUAUCAAAAUAGACAUAGAGGAAGACCCAGAGGCCCAUGACAUCAUAUUUGAACCACCCAUUACAGAGUCCAUAUUAGAGCAGUGCAUUAGAGAAGAGGCAAUGUCAGAUGUAUCCAAUGAGUCAUGCCAUGACCUUGACCCUGAAGAAAUGGACGAAUGCCUAAGAGUUGAGAUUGCAGCAGCUUCUUCAGAUAGUGAGACAGACGAGAAAUGGAGAACAAUUUUCUCAUCUUCUAUAAAUAAAGAAGAUGAUGACUCAUAUUUGGACAGUCUUCAGCUGAGUGCACAGGAGCUCUUUGUGCAGAAAGUUGAGGUGACAGACUUUGAAGAACAAGACAACAACAACUUUGAAGAGGUCCGUUUUGAGGUUCCACAAGUGGAAGAAGUUCUGGAACAACCUGAGGAUAUCAUUUCCUUUCCUACCACUCCACAAGAGGUUACAUAUAACCCUUUAGGCCUUCAAGGUUUGUCCAAAAUCUCUGAAGAUGAGAGUGAAAAUGGCAGAGAUGCCAAUCAUAACCACACCACCCAACAACAGCACAUCAAUGCAGAUCCAAACAAGAAGAUACCUAAAGACUUCUGUGUGAUACAGGAGACCAAGAGCAAGAAUGUUAGCACAGAGCAUGUGGACUUCCAGCUGGCUCGUAAACAGUGGAGGGAAAUGGAGGAGCAAACCACGAACAAGAUUGUCUUACCUACAACCAAGCAGCCCAGCUUCCAUGGCAGCCACAGCUUCAUGUACACACCAGUCCGCAACAUUGAAAGAACCCAGAAGAAAGCACAUGAUCUGAAAAACUUGAAUCUGGUUGGGGAUUAUCCUCACACCCAAUUCAGCCCUUGCUCAGAGGAUUCCGGCCUGGAUGAUUCCAGUUACAGGUCCCUUUACGAUGAUCCAGAAACACCAGUUGAAAGGGAGAUUCGCAUAUCAAUGGAGAGGGAGGAAAACUUCAAGAGAGAGAGGGGCCUCUCCAGGAUGGGCAAAUCAACUGACUGUACUCCAUCACGAAGUUUCCCCAGAUCCAUAAGCACUCCACUCACACCAUCAUUCAUCAUCACCUCGUCACCCACUAAGGAACCACUAAAACAUGAAGUGUCAGCAAACGUUAUCAUUCUUGACCCUAGCAAUGAUUUCACCUCAAGCCCCAAACAUGACAAAGACAAAGUGGCAGUUCGGUCCGGUGAGUGGCGUUCCGAGGACAGCAGCUCCAACCUCAUCAUCCUAGAGACAUCCAAUCUGAUUAUUCGUAGUGCCUCCGAGUUGUCCCUCAACAAGGCCUGUGAGCAGCCCCAAGAAAAAAUGUUCCUGAACAACCCCUUUUUCAAGCUGCGUUCAAGAAGCACAAUAUCGCUGGUGGAUGAAGAGAUUAAGAUGGUGAAGCAGAGGGAGGAUGAGCUGAGGAAAGAGAGGGCAAGUCUGUAUGGCAAAGACAGGUUCAAUACAGAAAAGAUGUUGUCAAAUCACAUGGACACUUUGGCAUUUGACAAUUCAGUCGAUGUACCAGUGAAGUGCAAAUCCUCUCCAUCAUCACCAAUGAAAACAGCCUACAGGAUGGAUCGCUGUGCUUUAUCCUGUGAUCACAGAUUUCCAGAGGUCUACACAGGAGGAAGACGCAAGAGUGCCAUGGCUCUUCGUUGGGAGGCAGGCGAGUUUACAAAAAAUGACUGAAGAGGAACAAGUCAACAGUUUGCCAUAUAGUGGAUUGUCCGUGUUAUACUCAUUCUAUUUAGAUGCAGCUUUGCAGUUGUUUGUUUCAUGUUGUGACAUAACCUAAACUCUCUGCUUCUGUGAUGCUUUGGGCAAAACUAGCAAGACAAUGAGACUGUUUGGACAGUUUGGACAAAGUCCAUAGAGAACUGAUACACACAGUAUUGUUUCGUACCAUGGACAUAGAUAAUACUUGAUUCUGGUCAGAGGGUGUGCAUUAUUUCAGAUACCCACACGGCUCUGACAUGUCCUCAUCACUUCUGAAUCAACACUCAUAGCUGGAAGGCUGCUGGUUUCAGCUCUUACGAGAUUAGACAAAGAAGAUUGACAUGACUGACAAAGACAUUGCCAACACACAUUUUCCAUUUAAACCAAAUUAUGAAUAAACAAUAUCAAUAUUUUGAACUAUUGCAAGUGGCGAUGGUAUAAAUGGGAUAAUCCUUUCUGAUCAGUGCAGAUAUCAAAAAUAACUCAGAGGCAAACCCAUAUUAUCAGAUUAUGUGUCAUGCAAUAAUUUUCAAUAACUGCAUGCCUCCUUGUGGAUUACCCCUUGCCUAUUGAAGAACUGUUUAAUAGGUCCAAUCCAGAAGCACAGAAUCUCAAAGAAUUGCCAGAGGAAGAACAAAGAUUUUAAAAAGUGUUAUUAUCUGAUCCUGAUUUGGCCUUAUUUAUGAGGAUAGUAGUAAAGGAUAAGACUAUCUUAAUAUAGUACUCACAUGCCAUAUGUACAUUGGUAGAGUUAUUGGUCACUGUAAUUAGAAAGUUCAGCUGAAACUAAUAUAUGCUUCAGCAGUGUCAGUUAGACAAAUCUGUCGAGUGUAGGCUUAUUGCUAAUAUAAUACUGCCUGUAGUGUUGUAUCUUUGUCUUGUGUUGAAGUCUGUUUCCCCUUUGAAUAGUGUUUUCUGCAGCGCUGCCCUGUAAAGUCCUUUUUCCACUGCAUGGUACAGCUCGGCUCGACUCGACUCUACUCGCUCUUUUUUGGUUUUCCAUUGUGGAUAGUACUUGGUACCUGGUACUAUUUUUGGUAUCACCUUGGUCGAGGUUCCAAGCCAGCUGAGCUGAUACUAAAAGGUGACAUGAAAGCACUGCAGACCACUGAUUGGUCAGAGGGAAUCGUCACUAGAAGCGUCACUCACAUGACACAAGAAAUCCUGCACAAACCCAGCAUUUUUAAAUAGCCAAGCUACCAUCAAUAGUGACAGCAAUUUUUUUAUUCACAUGAUCCAAAUUUUAAAAAAUGACCAUGCCAUGCGGUCAAUUGACGAAGUGCAGAUGUAUCAAGAACACCAUCCCUUCGAUAUCCUCUGUUAUAAGAGUAGCGUAGCUCCUUUUUGUGUGCGUAGCGAGUGUGUGGUUGAACGAAUAAUGCACUGUACUUGUAUAGCGCCUUUCUAGUCUUCUGACUACUCAAAGCGCUUCACACUACAUAUCACAUAUCCCAUUCAUACACUGAUGGCAGGUGCCAACUGCUCAUCAGUCCAAAGAAACUAAUCAUUCACACACACUUACACACCUAAGGCACAGACCUCAGGAGCAAUUUAGGGUUCAGUGUCUUGCCCAAGGACACUUCGACAUGUGGGCUUGGGGAAACCGGUAUCUAACCACCAAGCUUCCAAUUGGUGGACGACCUGUCUACCACUAAGCCGCAGCCGUCCCCGUGCGAGAGAGAGCAAGUGGCAGAGAGUGAUGGUGAAUGUGAGCAGAGCAAAGGAAAAGGUUAGUAGAGAAGAUGUAAGUUUAGUAGUAAAUGUACAGUGUAGGUUACAGUUUGUUAGUGAAAAAAGGCUACAGACCAAAUUAAAGCUCCUGUAUGUUGUUUCCCAACUACUGGAAAAGUGAAGGGGGUUAUUGUGUUGUCACGUUUAAGAUGAUGUCAUGCAGUUCAAUGCGGCGUCGCUCACCUUCGUUGAGGGGGUACUAUCUGCAGUGGAAAACGAAAUAGAUCAAAGUACCUUGUACCAGAAGCGAGUAGAGUCAAGUCAAGCCGUACCAUGCAGUGGAAACACGGCAUAAGUUUUGAGAUAGGGCUUAAUUUAGGUUAUCGUUAGAUUAUGGUUUGAUACCACAAAUAUGACUUGUUGGAGUUAGGGCCAAGGUUGGGUUGAGAUUAAAGCUGCAUUAACUGAUUUUUUUGGUCACUUGGGGGCAGCAGAAGGGGGUUGUCUCCAACUGUUCUUAGAAAUAUGAAAAAGUUCCGCCAAUCCAAAAACACCUAUUGACAUAUUAUCACCUUAUAAAGUGGUUAUGGUGAAAGUGUCAGUAAACAGUUGCCUAUUUACACAUCCAGCAGAAACAGAGCAACAUUAUCAUCCAUUUGAAAUCAUGUUUGUGUCCACCUGAAGUCCAAUAUUCAGUAUAUAGUCACUCUCAUUUUAGCUCUAGUUUGGUCUCUACUAACUCCUUAGAGAAAUAUUUGGCUCUUUAGCUGCUAGAUGCUCCACUAUGUUCACCAGCUAGUCUCUGAUUUUGUCUGUAUGCUGUUUGGUGAUGGGCAGGUAGUGUACAAUCAGUACAAAACAAUGAGCUGAAGGAUGCUAAAGUGUUCUGUAUAGCUGAAGGGAACCACAGAGUUGGUGAUAAUUUAUCGCUAUGAGUGACACCUUUCAUAUUACUCAUAGUCAUUUGAUUCAUUGUAAAUAUAAAAAUGAUGAUUAAUGCAACUCUUAGGUAAGGGGAACCACAAAUUGAUGGGGAAACCGACUUUGACACAACACCAACAACAAAUCUGCCUGCAAGAAGUAUUUCUCUGCUGCGGAUCAGUGAGGAAACACAGACUGGAGGAGACUAGCCUCACAUUAGCUUCAGCUGAACAUUAGAAGGCAUUUUUACACAGAAGGACUGUGGGUUUUGUAUCCCAUCUUUUACAGUGUAGUCGCACUAUGAAGAUAUUGCUUCAUGGCCAGUAUGGACUGGAGGAAUGAUUACAGUGACUUUUUUUAACAUACAUAUGACAUGUGACUAUUAUAUUAAGAUAGACUUGAAUGUGAACCUAUCCUUUAUAUAAAAGAUGAUAAUUUGCUGACAGUAAACUGAAAGUAUUUGAAGGCCAGGUUUUUUUUGCUGAGAUGCCUGAAUGUUAGACACAUGUAUUGUUGAGUCCACUCUUUGCUAGACCUUUCUUGACAUUAUAAAUGUAAAUCAGAUUUGAAAUCAUAUUUUGAUGUUAUUGUAUGUCUUGAUAAAGCAAAUGAUACAUUGCUCAGUGUAUAUUAAUUGUAUUUUCAUACUAUGCUUUUUUGCUCCAAAUUAUAUUUCAGGUUGAGCUGGAUGGGCAUAAAUCAGCAUAAUAUAUAAAAUAUAUUAUACCCAUACCUGUCACUUGAAAAAUAUAGUUCACUCAGACAACUCACAUAGUGAAUGUCAAGAUUUUAGUGAGAAUAAAUAUUAAUAUGCAUUUAAUUUUUCAGUUAUGUCACUUCUUGAGUGAUACUUCAGGGCAGAGAACCAUUUGAUUGUCUGCCUUAACUAGCCCACAUUAUUCUGUAUGACCUACAAUAGGACAAUCUAAUAAGUGCAGGUAUUUGUGAUCAGUGCUGUCACAGUGUUCUAGAGUAUCAAUGACACUAUGUGGAAAGUGGAUGUCCAUUGCCUGAAAUCUCACAUCAGUGCUUUGGAAAUUCCAAAUAAUGAAAUAGGUUUCCACAAAUGAAAAUAUUUUAUUCUUUAUACAAUAGCACUAUAAAUAAAUGUUCACUUAUAUAGAGUGAAGCUACUCACAUAAACUUCAAUCAAAAUUUUGACUUUAUUUUCCAACAUUCAGCAAUUCAUUUCUCAUUAUUUACAAGCCUUGAUAUUUCCAGCUACUCUGAAAAGCAGCUUCUAAGAGCUUGGUACUUUCUUGAGACCUUAGAUUCAAUUGACCUUAAACAGCAUUGUUUUACAUUUUAUGUAUGCUUCAUUGUUAAAGUUACAUUUACACUGUUACAAGUUACAUUGUUAUAGUUUACAAAUCUCAAGGAUUGCUUGCUGAUGAUUAAACAUUCUGUGAAAAGCCCUUGCCAUGGCUUUUUGGGACUUUUUGGGCUCUUUAUGACCAAAUGUGCGGGGCUUUUCACUUUGUAUUCAUCAUGCAAGUAUUUAAGAGAUUAAUGUGUGCAACAAUAAAAGAUGUAUAUGAAGAA